UGAUCUUUGAUUAUGCAUAACCAAUAAGUCUAACCACCCUAGCUUAGUUUCUAGAAAGUAUUAAAAUCAGUUUAGUUAAUAUACAGUCUACCUCUUUGUGUGCAAUCAUUUCGUGCUGGUAAUUCUUACUACAAAUUCAAAGACGGCAACAUAACACAAUGUUGUCAAUUUUUAUCUUUUUCGAUUUAAACAAAAAGUUAUCAACUCCAUAUUACAACGUAUUUAAUUUAAACUAUUGUAACUAAACUUAUUAAAAACAAAACGUCCUAAAGAUUAAUUCGCAUGAUAUUAUGUCAACUAAUUUUGCUGAUAUUUAAACAAUUUAAUGAACAAUUAUUUGAACUAGCUUUUCGCGAGGCCAUGUUGGUAGCUUUGAAGAGUGAAGUAACUUACUUUAACUUCAUGUUGCACAUAUCCAUUCGUUCAUUCAAACUCAAUGUUGACUGAUUAUUAUUCAUUCAAUCCGCCAGUCAACACGUAAACAUGGCGGCGAUCGAUGUUGAGCCAACUAAAGCGGAACCUACCCUACGCACCUUGAAACUUUCGGGACAUGUUGGCUUCGACAGUCUACCUGACCAGCUGGUCAGUAAAAGCAUACAGAAUGGUUUCGUCUUCAAUAUCCUGUGUAUAGGUGAAACUGGCCUUGGUAAAUCAACUUUAAUGGAUUCUCUGUUCAAUACCAACUUUGAAUCAUCUCCGAGUCCUCAUAACUUACCUACUGUUAAGUUGAAGGCUCACACUUAUGAGCUGGAGGAGAGCAAUGUCAGGCUGAAGUUAACAAUCUGUGACACUGUCGGUUACGGUGACCAAGUGAAUAAAGAAGACAGUUUCAAAGCGGUGGUGGAUUACAUUGAUGCACAGUUCGAGGCCUAUCUCCAGGAGGAGCUCAAGAUCAAGCGUUCACUGUCCAGUUAUCAUGACAGCAGACUGCAUGUCUGUCUGUACUUCAUCUGUCCAACAGGUCAUGGUUUGAAGUCCAUUGAUUUGGUGUGUAUGAAGAAACUCGAUACCAAAGUGAACAUCAUACCGAUCAUCGCUAAGGCUGACACCAUCUCCAAGACUGAGCUGCAGAGGUUCAAGUCCAAAAUAAUGCAAGAGCUGCAGUCGAACGGCGUGGAGAUCUACCAGUUCCCGGUGGACGACGAGUCCGUGUCCGAGGUCAACGGCUCCAUGAACUCGCACCUGCCCUUCGCCGUCGUCGGCAGCACCGACUUCGUGAAGAUCGGCAACAAGACCGUGCGCGCGCGCCAGUACCCCUGGGGCACCGUGCAAGUGGAGAGCGAGUCCCACUGCGACUUCGUGAAGCUGCGCGAGAUGCUGAUCCGCACCAACAUGGAGGACAUGCGCGACAAGACGCACGCGCGCCACUACGAGCUGUACCGCCGCGCGCGCCUGCAGCAGAUGGGCUUCGGAGACGUCGACCGCGACAACAAGCCCGUGUCGUUCCAACAAACGUACGAGCAGAAGCGCAGCGCCCACCUCGCCGAGAUGCAGCAGAAGGAGGACGAGAUGCGCCAGAUGUUCGUGCAGCGGGUCAAGGAGAAGGAGGCUGAACUCAAAGAGGCCGAGAAGGAGUUGCACGCGAAGUUCGACAAGCUGAAGAAGGACCACACGGACGAGAAGAAGCGGCUGGAGGAGCUCCGCAAGAAGAUCGAGGACGACGCCGUCGAGUUCAGCCGCCGCAAGCAGCUCGCCGCGCAGCCGCACCACACGCUCACCCUCGGCAAGAACAAGAAGAAGUAGCCCGCGGCUCAAUCUCACCGGUCACUCCGGCGGCUCGGCUACUGAAUGAAUAAUUAAUUUAAAUGUAUUUCAAGUUAAAACUCGCGUCUAAAUAUACAUUCGACGCUUGAGAGGCAAACGUGACUAGGCGACAAUGCGUGAACUUUACAGUAGACUAAUUUAAAGUUGAAAUACCUGAAAAAAAAUGUAUUUUAACGAAUCUAGCUGUAGGAUUGAAAUGAUUUUAAUAGACCUAGAAAUAUUCUUUUUUGUGCAUCGAAUAUGGUUAUUGCCUAUCAUUUAUAUACAAAGCAGUUAUUGUCGCUUAGUCACGUUUGCCUUUCACGAUGUGUUGGUCGAAUGGAGCCGCCGGACGCGCACGCGUCAUAUGAAUGUAAAAUUUUUAUAUUUCGCAUCUUUUCUGAUCACAAAACGUAUUUAUUAUUCGGUCUAGACUCGACUAUGAAUCUGUAUCGGUGUCUCUUGGCACAGACUUUAAUACGUUUACUUUCCGAACUUAGUAAAUAAAUAUUAGUUUUUAAGUUUAAAAGAAUAUAUUUGUAAAAUAAUAUGGAAUGUUUGAAAAUAGUAUUGCUUGAAGAAUGUUUCUAAACUACCAAAGUAUAUAUAAGUAUAAGUAUGCGUUGAAAUUAUUGUAAAUGUAUCCAAAUAAGUUCUCCUGUUUGCUAAACGUAUUUUCCUAAAACCCGGAAAUGAAUAUACAGUAUUGUUCGUUCACGUGUUGUCGUGUCGGGGCGCGGCGUGUCCGGUUCGAUAGGAAUCGUGAUCAAAUUUUUAUGCCAAAUAAGGAUUGUUUAACAAAAUUAAGAUUUUACUCCUUAACUGCCCUGAUUGCGUGUAGUAUAUUUAUGUUCUAAAGUUUCAUUUUUCGAUGAAUAAUCGAAUUAAUAAAGUUCUCAUUUCCUUACAUUUAUAAACUUUUCGCCUUUUGUUGAACAUCUAUAUAUCAGCACAACGUUACUAUUUAGUUAACUAAAAUUAGAGUUAGUUACAGUUAACUGACUCCUCAAUGUUGAUAUUGUUGGUUAACUACUAUAAAGUCCAACACGUAAACAAAUGUGUGAGACGGUGUUUAAGAGAAUUCAUGACUAAGCUACUCCCACUUUCUACUUUAAAUUAGAAUGACUAUUGUCGCACAAAACAUUCCGACUCGAGCAGCCGAACGAGGCGGAGCUCUCGGUUGUAUCUUUGUACACUUUAAAGGUAAUAAAUAGAAUUCAUUGGAAAAGUAAGUCUUAUUGUCACUAUGAAAGGCAAUGACAACAGCGAAUAGAAUGACGUCAUUUGCCGACGUCAUCAUUUGCGCCGAUAUCAGUUGCUGACGUCAUAACUUUAAAAACAACGUGAAGUCAGUUACUCCCUCACAUAUGUUCCUCUUCGUUCGUCGCCCCAGGCGGGAGCCGCUAGCAGGUGUGCUCAUGAUCAGUCUGAAACUAGUCUACUCACGAAUAUUCACUAUUGCAAAACAGUCGGGAAAGUGUUCAACAGACCAUUUUACAUCUGACGUGUUUUUUUAUAAUAGGUUAUCGUAAAAAAAAGAAAAUUACAGUUUUCACACACAACUUAUUACAUAAUUUAUUAUUUAAUCAAUAAAAGAGCUCUGCCAGCGACCGCUCGUACCGACAUCUGCACACUUCACAUUGUGGACGUCCGCAACAGCUGGAGGUGUCGCUUCAACUUGAUACAAUACGUCAGUUAGUGUUCCAUUGCGGAGUAGAACUGGACCAAAUGAGAACUGGUUGUUCCCGUGCAGUUACGUACUCAUUCCUAUUAUUUACUGUACUUUUUAUAUUAUUUAAUAUGAUUUUGUAUUACCGAAUGUGGUAAAUAAAAUAAUUUAAAAUAA